CGUACGUCGCCUCCCCCCUUAUCCCCCUUCGCUUCUCUCCCAACUCUCUUCUGUCCCGUCUGCGCUGUCCUGUGCUUCCUCCUCCUCCUCCUCCUCCUCCUCCUCCUCCUCCUCCUCGGCCCUCUCCAUUACGCUGGAUUCAUGCUCUGCUCUCGCCUUCCUCGGUCGCCAUGCAGAACAACCACAGCAAGGAGCAUCUCUAUAAGAUCCUUGUGAUAGGGGACCUCGGGGUCGGUAAGACCAGCAUCAUCAAGCGCUAUGUCCAUCACAACUUCAGCCCCAACUACCGAGCCACCAUCGGGGUGGACUUCGCGCUGAAAGUCCUCAACUGGGACCAGGAGACGGUGCGCCUUCAGCUGUGGGACAUCGCAGGUCAGGAGAGGUUUGGCAACAUGACCCGCGUGUACUACCGCGAGGCCAUGGGCGCCUUCAUUGUGUUUGACGUCACAAGGCCCGCCUCCUUUGAGGCCAUCACCAAAUGGAAGGAGGACUUGGACUCCAAACUGACACUUGCCAACGGGAAAAAUGUAGCCACCGUGCUUUUGGCUAAUAAAUGCGACCAGGGCCGGGACGUACUGACCAAUAACGGAAUAAAGAUGGACCAGUUCUGCCAGGAGAACGGCUUCGUGGGAUGGUACGAGACAUCCGCUAAGGAAAACAUCAACAUCGACGAAGCGGCGAACUGCUUGGUGAAACACAUCAUUGCGAGUGAGAAUGACAUGCUCCAAUCAGAGGUCCCGGACACCAUCACCCCUCAGCUGGAGAACGACAAAGGCGGGACAUGCUCCUCCUGCUUCAGGUCCCAGUAACGGCCCUCGUCAGCCGGAUGUCCUUUAAUACCAGUUUGUCUGUGUGCAGGAGACUGAGAGAGAACCACUUUGGCAGGUUUUUUUUUUUUUUAGAAAGCAUUUACUGGUGCAGAGUCCUUCCCUGUCUGGUAGCCCGUAUUCGGGGGUUGUGGGGAGGAGGGAUGGGGGCUGAGAGGAUGACUGACAGGCAGCUGGCUCAAGAAAUGGAGGCAGAAAGAGAGAAAAGGAGAUGAAUGCAGCUGUGCUUGUCAAAGGCAAGGUCACCCUCUGGACCAAUUCUGGUCUUGACAUUGCCGUUUCGGUUACCAUGGAGACUAAAUUAAUGAACACAUGGACAAAAAGAUAGCAGCAAAUCACAGUGUAUCUUUAUACGGGUACAAGACAUCUCUAUUUGACAUCUCUCCCUUCUUUUCUUGCCCAUUCUGUGCUUGUUUCUUUCUCCUCAUCCCUUGUUUUCAGUUUUUCCGUCAUUCUAGUUGAACAAACAGGUGGAGAGUGCAUGUACUGAAAUCAAUUCAGUCCCGAUAACACUACAGCUAUAUUAUUCGCUAUUGUUUUGUCAGAUUUUGUUUUUAUUUUUCAUUUGGUUUGGUCAUUUUCAUGGGUAAUGUCCUUCCUCGUCUUACCUCAUUUGCCAGCUCAAUAAUGUGCGACAGAUUAUAUUGAUAAUUAAAAUGCCUUUUCUAAACCAUUUUAUUUAAUGUCCUCAAUAGAUGUAUUCACUGCAUAUUGUAUUUAUACGUGCACUUAGAGGUUUUUAGAAUGACCUUACUUUUUAUCACAAAAGUAGGAUUCUACUCAUUUCCAUGGUAACACAUUUAAAAUACCACGACAAACCAUUUAUGUUUCAAGGAAUGACUCCCAAUGCAACACUAACGGGUAUUGUUCCAUUAAAUGGUUGUAUAUUAAAUCUGAAUUCCACUGUUCAAUAUUUGUAACAUUUGUAAUAAUGGAUUAAAUGCAUUCCUAUAUGAAUAUAUACAAACAUGUACAUAUUAUAUAAAAUAUAACCAGCAUCCAAUUUUCAACAUGCACUGAUGAAUAAACAAUAGCUUUACUAUCCCAUAUCUGAAUGUGAUUUGAUGUUCUCAAUCAGUGGGGCUGAUUAGACCCACGAUGGUACAGGUGUGAGUAGUCCGGCCCCAACAGGUGCUACAAACGAACCGGAGAGCGAGGGAGCUGUCUGUCAAAGCCAGUUUGAAAGAAGCGAUGUGAACUCCAGUCAGGUAUCAGUAGGAAGAACAGCUGGGUGAGUGCUCCACGUUUAGCACCAGUGUCCAUUUAAUGCAGAAGGUUGCUGAAUCAAACACACACACACACACACACACACACACCCAACCAAAUAGUGUUUGAGUUGUUGUUAAGAAAGCUCUUUCCACGUUCCCUUGUUCGGAUCCAGAUAUUUGAAGUCAAACAAUAGAAAUUAAAACGGGGCUUUCGGAGCAGAAAAUUGCAUUUAGAGGGGCCCCAGAGCAAUGAAAAUCCUCACAUCUCCGGGCAGUCAGGGUGUUCAUGGUGUUCAUGGUGUUGUGACCAGACCACAAUUGAUUAUCCACAUGUUAAUUACGUUUUUUUGCUUGAGCUCUUUCAAAGAA